CUCUUACUAAUUAUUCAUUAUAAUAAUCAAAACCCUCUCUUUUUACCCUAUUUUUUGCUCCAAUGCAUAACUUGGGAACUGUGAUUCUUUCAUAACAAAAGUUUCACACAGUACUAUUUUUCAUUACAAUGCAAACCCUCUUUUUUUCUUCUUCAGAAUCCUUGUUCAACAACAAUAUCUUCUAUUAUUUUUUAUUAUUAUUAUUAUUAUUAAUAAGUACUCCUAUUAACAUCAUUAUCGUUCACUAUUUGUAUUUAUUUCACUUUAAUUAGAGACUUAAUUAUAGUGUUUAACCAUUUAUUAUGGAGUGGAAAAGCAUAGUUUCUAAUCAAAUUAUGGUUUUUUAUAAUUUAUGUUUAUUCAUCAAGAUAUCACUCUCAUCUUCAUGGAUGGCUCUCUUUGCAAUCUUGUUGCUUUUUUCCAGUGGAUUCGGUUUUUCAUCUUUUCUCUUGGCAUCUUUGGUGGUGAUUUUUUCAACUUUUCUCUAUGUUGUUUCAAAGAACAAACUAGUAAAUAUUGAAGAGAAAUUAGUAGAAGAAAAGUUUCUCAGUUAUGAUGACAAGGAGGAAGAAGAAGAGAGUUUUUCAGAUCAAUGCGAAGAACAAGAACAAGAGCAAGAGAUUAUUGUUGAUGAUGAUGAUCUUUACGCGAAAAAAUCACCGGAUUUGUUAUCAGAAAGCGAAAGGCGAGAAGAUAAUUUGUGGAGUUGCGAAGGAUCUGAAGAGGAUUGGAGAUUGAGAUUGAAAUAUGAGAAUGAUGAUUACUUCUCAAAUGAUGGAUCAAUCUCUGAUGAAGAAAGUUUCAUUGAAAUUGCACUUCCAAGUGGACAUUAUGUUGAUGUGAAGAAAGAAAGUUGGAUGGAUUUGUUAACAGAAUUCAAUGAAGUGAUUGAGGAAGAAAAUCUAAUAGAGAUUGAUAUAUCAAUGGGAUCUAUCAAGUAUUCAAGGUUUGAAAUUAAAGCAUGAUGAUUUUCAUUAUAUUAUGUGUUACUAUAAGUGUUUGUUACCCUACAAAACUUUGGAUACCUGUUAAAGUUUAUGUAUUAUUAUGACUGCUUUUUGACUUGUUAAUGUUCAUCAUUCAAUUAAAGGUAAUAAAGGUAAAGUUCUAAAA